AUGCGCCCAUCAGCCUUUUCUCAUCCUAGGCUGAAAAUCUCUGACUGCAAGAUAUCAAAUUUUGCAAACAAAUUCUUACAAUCAAAUCCUGGAAAUACGAUAUCAUUUAAAAAGUCAUAUUUUAACCGUUUUACAGAUUCCGUAAUCUAUUUAGAUAAAGCUGCCGAUAAUGCGAUUUGGAAUACAAACUUUAAUUCAAGAUCUGUACUUGAUGCUGAGUUCAAAUGCGUUUUGUGCACAUUCAGCGGUAUAACAUUCUCAGGUAGCGGUGCCGCUAUCUUUUCAUAUAGCUGGAAUACUAAAAUUUUCACAAGUAAUAUUUCAAACUGCGUAGUUACGGGCAAUGGCGGAGGCCUGUGCGUUCAAGAAGCUGCAAAAUUUGUUGUUGAUUCAGUAAUAUUUACAUCUUGUUCGGCCGGGGGCACCGGAGGCUGCCUCUAUUAUACGGCAGAUGCAGUCCAAUCCAACCUUAGACUCAGACGUAUUAUCUUUCAAGAUUCGAAUGCAGGAAAUACAGCAGGUGGCUGUUAUGUUAGAUACUUUCAAGGACAGACAGCUCUCAUUUAUCUGAUGUUUAAGAAUUGUACUGCAACAACUAAUCCUCAAUCGUGCUAUGUUAAUGGUGAUAGCAUCGCAAUUGAAACAAUUUAUUUGUAUUCAGAAGAUAAGACGAGCAAUAUUAACAUUUCAAAGAGUAGUUAUGAUAUUUAUACUCUCUCUGAUGGUGAAACUAAGAAAAUCAUCAAAGAACCAUCAGCUACAUACUCACCUUACAGAACUGCAUUCGAAACUCCAUUCCAAACUGCUUGGUCAACUGCUUUUGAAACACCAUAUGAGACAGUUGUUACCACUCCAUUUACAACUGCUUUUGAAACACCUUUUAGCACAGCACACACUACAAAUGCAAUCACUCCAUUUGAAACUCCUCAUUUUACGACACCAUUUGAAACGCCUUACACAACUCCUGCUAGUUCUCCAACAUUGCAUCCAACGAAUCAGGAAACGCCAUUCAACACACCAUUCUCAACGGCAAUGUCAACUGCUUAUCCAACUGUUUUCAGAACUAUGGAGCCAUCUCCAGUUCCAACGAGAUCGCUCUCUCCAACAAGAUCUCCUUUCCCUCCAACAUCAAUGUUUACUCCUUCAGCAGAGUUUUCUCCGCAACCAACAGAAACUGCUUAUCCAACAGCUUCUGCUACGCCUAGAAGAAUACAUUGGAGUGCUUUAGGUAUUGCUUUGUUGGUGAUUGCACUGUUGUUUAUACUUAUUGGCCUCAUAGCAAACUUAAUACUUUGCAUGAGAAUUUACGAAACGUGUGAUCGUAUCAUUGAACCAGAAAUGUAA